AUGCCUUCUAUUUUCUAUCCUGGCAUAUUAUGUCAGUUUCUCAUCUCAUCUUUUCGCAGCCGCGACAGUUUGCGCAUGCAAUCUAAUGAUAAGCUCCAUAUCCCGUCCGGGUCGUUCACAGCUUACCGACUAACGUACUGCAGUCCACAGGAACUCUCCCAGCUGGCGCGGACAGUUUUCUUGGGCCAUAUCCCGAAUAUUUGGGCCGAUGAGAAAAGUAAAAACAUCUUUGCUCGAGCAACACAUCGAUCCAAACAAUCGGUCCAGCACAGUUUUCGAGGCGUGGUGGGUGUUAUACACAAGAGCGUUGCUGCUGGAACUUCCAAGUUUCGUCAGGAAAGAUCUCCGUUGUUUUUGGGGCAUGGAAAGUUGGAUCCAGAAACUGUGCUCCAUGAGCUAGAGGCUCCACAACAUGAAACAUCGACUUCUUCAGCUUCCUCAACUAGCCUGGCUUCGGAUACCACACCACAUAUGUUCUCUGAAUCGUUAUCGAUCACCCCAAAUGAUACGGGCCUAAAAAGUGUGCUGCCAUAUGCUGACUCUCCAACGGUGUAUCGUCCUCAUUCCCAAGAUUUGUCUUUAGUCACCACUCCCGAGACACUUUCGCCCCCCAAAACGGGAAGGAAACGUAUAAGCAUAGCAGAACCUACACCAGCAGAGCUCGAUAGGUCGGAGUUCUUGCGAGUAGCUGAACAGCACAAAAAAUUCAAAGAAAAAUUGAAACGGUUUGCACUGGUUUCCAAAGGUCACGCCAAAAGAACAGGCUCAGAUUUAAGACUGGUGGUUCAAAGACGUCUUUUGACCAAAUUCUCAGCAGGUCAAGUAGUUCGUGUGGAUAAAAUGUUGGUGCUUAUCAAGGUUCCACACACAAAGUUGGAAACUAGUCUGUUCACAGAAAACGAGCCUUGCGACACCAGGGUGGUGGGAAGAUGGAAAGAGUAUCAUGUAGCUCUACGCCGUACCGACGAUAACCUGAAUCCGCUCAUGUUGCAAUUAUAUGACCUUCCCUUGUUCGACGAAACCACAACCAAGUCCAAGCCCGAUACUUCGAUUCCUCUCUCAUCUUCCGUCACGGCGCAAUUCUACAGUCGCCUAGACAAAACCAUCAGUCUCUGGGUUGGCGGUGAAAAACCCUUGGUUUGUGUUCUUGCAUGCAAAGACCAUGUCACUGCCGUGGGCUGGCUCUAUUUUAUAGGCCAGUUUAUCAACCAAUCAUCGGACCCAACUUUCCAGAUAUCAAUACCAGACUUGGAAAUUUCGUUGCUGGUUCAUAUUUCCGAAGUAGCAUUAUUGAAAAUGGCUACGAAACAUGAAGAACUCGAGGUGGAAGAGAGAGAAUAUGGCUACAAGGUGCAAAAAAACCCACUUUUUUCCUACCUAGAUAAUGCUAUCCAUUCUUGUCUAGUGGACAAUCCCAAACUUUCCUUCCAAUUCAAACAGUGGCAGGUCCACAACCCGAAUCCUUGGUUUGUCCACAAAUACUAUGACCGAUUGGAAUGGGCUCCCGAUAAUAGUGGUUUAUUGGCGAUGCAACAUCAACUUCUUCGCAAAUGGUACACCUUGGAAUAUCGCCAGGCUGCACAUUUGUCCAGUAAAUGCACUUUCACAAAGUCAGGCGACGUUCUAGAGGAACCAGAUCCCAUCGAAGGGUUUCUAUCUCGUCUUUCAAGCAUUUCUGGCCAUAGCUUUUCCCUCUACAGAACGUUUUACAAAACUCUGUACUUUUAUUCUCAUCGAGGUCUACUUUUCUACACAAAAUAUUAUCGUGGAAUACCACCAUCAGUGAGCAAUCCGAUCAUUCACGAGAGAAACGAAACCACGGUUGCAACCGAAUAUAACCCUUACCCGCUUGAUGAAAAUGACCAUAUUGUUUGGCUUAGGGAAAACUUUACAGAAUGUGACGGUAUGGCUCAGCAAGAAUUUGAGCGCAAAACACUUCAAAUAAUCAAAGCCGAGGGAGUUAUAGACAUGUCCAGAGCCAAAUCCAUUCAACCUCUUGCAAUUGAGGACGUUCGGCUGACCCACAAAGUGUUAUUAGCGACAUUGUGGUACUCCAAUCCAUCGUUGGCUACAACAAAGGAAAUUGUCGAUUCCAGCUUCACAAUUGAAAUGGAUAGCGGAGAGAUUAUCAGGCUUCAAGCACCCAACCGGGACUCGCGAGACGAGUGGGUUGAUCGUUUGAGAGCACUCAGAGAGUACUGGGUAGCCAAGGGUAGUGAGAUUUUGAGCAGGAUAAAAACGACCAGCGUGAAAAAUCGAACUUCACGAAAAAUCACCGAGUAUAUUGAUUCCAAUGCUACAGAAGAAAUGGAACACGUUGAGGUCCAGCACUCGUUUGCUGAUCCCCAGAUCCACAAUAUUGAGCCAUUGGCCAUGAAGCAUUGCGUCUCCAUGUAUGGACACUUGUUUCUGAAAACAAAAAUGCACUCAAACUUCCGUCCGUAUUUUGUGGUGCUUUCUCCAGGGUUUCUAAUGAUUUACAAGACAUACCGCAGGUCCAAGUUGACGGGUGCAAGUAAGAAAAGUGGCUAUUUCCGCCAUUUUAUAACGCUUCCAAUUUCAGAAUGCUAUCUUUAUUCAGGCAUAAGUUGUUCACACGAUUUGCUCGAUAGGCAAAACGCAGUCGAUGUGGUGAACCCAGGCACCCACUCGUUACCUAGAGUAUACCCAGACGGAUGGAAGUCUUCAGAGGAGGAAUCUUUACGGUGUUUUACGUUGACUGUUGGUGAGAAGCGGGCUAUUCUGAAGCACCGAAUGAAGAAAACCGAUGCCAAUUUGAACAAUCCAGGAAUGAUCAAGUUGGCUAGUAAGCUCGGUAUCACUGGUCGGAGCAUGGUAUUUAUGGCUCGGUCACGGCAAGAAAGAGAGAUAUGGGUUCAAAGAAUCUUUUGCGAAAUCGACCGGUUUGCAUUAUAA